GCGGCGGCGGGCUCGAGUGCGGCGGGCGGCGGCCCGGCGGGCGGCGCGGCGGCGCCAUGAGCGUGGAGGCGUACGGGCCCAGCUCGCAGACGCUCACUUUCCUGGACACCGAGGAGGCCGAGCUGCUCGGCGCCGACACGCAGGGCUCCGAGUUCGAGUUCACCGACUUCACCCUCCCCAGCCAGACGCAGACGCCUCCCGGCGGCCCCGGCGCGGGCGGAGCGGGCGGAGCGGGCGCGGCGGCCGGGCCGCUCGACGCGCAGGUCGGCGGGCCCGAGGGUGUGCUGCAGAACGGGGCCGUGGACGAUGGCGUGGCCAAGACCAGCCAGCUGCUGGCCGAGCUGAACUUCGAGGAGGACGAGGAGGACACGUACUACACGAAGGACCUCCCCGUGCACGCCUGCAGUUACUGCGGAAUCCAUGACCCUGCCUGCGUGGUUUACUGUAACACCAGCAAGAAGUGGUUCUGCAACGGCCGCGGGAACACUUCCGGCAGCCACAUUGUAAAUCACCUCGUGAGGGCAAAAUGCAAGGAGGUGACGCUGCACAAGGACGGGCCGCUGGGGGAGACGGUGCUCGAGUGCUACAACUGCGGCUGCCGCAACGUCUUCCUGCUGGGCUUCAUCCCCGCCAAGGCCGACUCGGUGGUGGUGCUGCUGUGCAGGCAGCCGUGCGCCAGCCAGAGCAGCCUCAAGGACAUCAACUGGGACAGCUCGCAGUGGCAGCCCCUCAUCCAGGACCGCUGCUUCCUGUCCUGGCUGGUGAAGAUCCCCUCGGAGCAGGAGCAGCUGCGUGCCCGGCAGAUCACGGCCCAGCAGAUCAACAAGCUGGAGGAGCUCUGGAAGGAGAAUCCCUCCGCCACCCUGGAGGACCUGGAGAAGCCGGGGGUGGACGAAGAGCCACAGCACGUGCUGCUGCGCUACGAGGACGCCUACCAGUACCAGAACAUAUUCGGGCCCCUGGUCAAGCUGGAGGCGGACUACGACAAGAAACUCAAGGAGUCCCAGACUCAAGACAACAUCACGGUCAGGUGGGACCUGGGGCUCAACAAGAAGAGAAUCGCCUACUUCACGCUGCCCAAGACUGACUCUGGUAAUGAGGACUUAGUCAUAAUUUGGUUAAGAGACAUGCGGCUCAUGCAGGGCGACGAGAUCUGCCUGCGCUACAAGGGGGACUUGGCGCCCCUCUGGAAGGGCAUCGGCCACGUCAUCAAGGUCCCGGACACAGACUACGGCGACGAGAUCGCCAUCGAGCUGCGCAGCAGCGUGGGUGCGCCCGUGGAGGUGACGCACAACUUCCAGGUGGACUUCGUGUGGAAGUCGACCUCCUUCGACAGGAUGCAGAGCGCGCUGAAGACGUUCGCGGUGGACGAGACCUCGGUGUCUGGCUACAUUUACCACAAGCUGCUCGGCCACGAGGUGGAGGACGUGAUCAUCAAAUGCCAGCUGCCAAAGCGCUUCACGGCGCAGGGGCUCCCCGACCUCAACCACUCCCAGGUCUAUGCCGUGAAGACGGUGCUGCAGAGGCCGCUGAGCCUGAUCCAGGGGCCGCCUGGCACGGGGAAGACGGUGACCUCGGCCACCAUCGUGUACCACCUGGCGCGGCAGGGCAGUGGGCCCGUGCUGGUGUGCGCCCCGAGCAACAUCGCCGUGGACCAGCUGACGGAGAAGAUCCACCAGACGGGGCUCAAGGUGGUGCGGCUGUGCGCCAAGAGCCGCGAGGCCAUCGACUCGCCUGUGUCCUUCCUGGCCCUGCACAACCAGAUCCGCAACAUGGACAGCAUGCCCGAGCUGCAGAAGCUGCAGCAGCUCAAGGACGAGACUGGGGAGCUGUCGUCAGCCGACGAGAAGCGGUACCGGGCCCUGAAGCGCACGGCCGAGCGGGAGCUGCUCAUGAAUGCGGACGUCAUCUGCUGCACGUGUGUGGGCGCUGGUGACCCACGUCUCGCCAAGAUGCAGUUCCGCUCCAUCCUGAUUGACGAGAGCACGCAGGCCACCGAGCCCGAGUGCAUGGUGCCCGUGGUGCUGGGCGCCAAGCAGCUCAUCCUGGUGGGCGACCACUGCCAGCUGGGCCCCGUGGUCAUGUGCAAGAAGGCAGCCAAGGCUGGGCUGUCGCAGUCGCUGUUCGAGCGCCUGGUGGUGCUGGGCAUCCGGCCCAUCCGCCUGCAGGUGCAGUACCGCAUGCACCCUGCGCUCAGCGCCUUCCCCUCCAACAUCUUCUACGAGGGCUCGCUGCAGAACGGCGUCACCGCAGCGGAUCGUGUGAAGAAGGGGUUUGACUUCCAGUGGCCCCAGCCUGACAAGCCCAUGUUCUUCUACGUGACCCAGGGCCAGGAGGAGAUCGCCAGCUCGGGCACCUCCUACCUGAACAGGACGGAGGCCGCCAACGUGGAGAAGAUCACAACGAAGCUGCUGAAAGCGGGCGCCAAGCCGGACCAGAUAGGCAUUAUCACACCGUACGAGGGCCAGCGCUCCUACCUGGUGCAGUACAUGCAGUUCAGCGGCUCCCUGCACACCAAGCUCUACCAGGAGGUGGAAAUAGCCAGCGUGGAUGCGUUUCAGGGACGCGAGAAGGACUUCAUCAUCCUGUCGUGCGUGAGGGCCAACGAGCACCAGGGCAUCGGGUUUCUCAAUGACCCCCGGCGCCUCAACGUGGCCCUCACCAGAGCCAGAUAUGGCGUUAUCAUCGUUGGCAACCCGAAGGCGCUGUCGAAGCAACCGCUCUGGAACCACCUGCUGAACUACUUCAAGGAGCAGAAGGUGUUGGUGGAAGGACCCCUGAACAACCUGCGCGAGAGCCUCAUGCAGUUCAGCAAGCCCCGGAAGCUCGUCAACACCAUCAAUCCGGGUGCCCGCUUCAUGACCACAGCUAUGUACGACGCCCGCGAGGCCAUCAUCCCUGGGUCCGUGUACGAUCGCAGCAGCCAGGGUCGGCCCUCGAGUGUGUACUUCCAGACGCACGACCAGCUGGGAAUGAUCAGUGCCGGGCCUGGCCAUGUGGCCGCCAUGAACAUCCCCAUCCCCUUCAACCUGGUGAUGCCCCCCAUGCCGCCGCCCGGCUACUUCGGACAGGCCAAUGGGCCGGCCGCAGGUCGGGGCACCCCAAAAGGCAAGACUGGCCGUGGGGGGCGUCAGAAAAACCGCUUCGGGCUCCCGGGGCCCAGCCAGACGAACCUGCCCAGCAGCCAGGCCAGCCAGGACGUGGCGUCCCAGCCCUUCUCACAGGGUGCGCUGACGCAGGGCUACAUCUCCAUGAGCCAGCCCUCGCAGAUGAGCCAGCCCGGCCUCUCCCAGCCCGAGCUGUCCCAGGACAGCUACCUGGGCGACGAGUUUAAGUCGCAGAUCGACGUGGCGCUGUCCCAGGACUCCACGUACCAGGGAGAGCGGGCCUACCAGCACGGCGGGGUGGCCGGGCUGUCCCAGUACUAGGAGGUGGAGGCGGGAGAGCUAAGCUACGUGGCUUAGUCCAUCAGCAUCUUAUUCUGGGUAAUAAAAAAAUAAAAAUAAAUGGAUACCUGUUUUCCACUGCUAAAACCAAGCACCGCUGUGUGAGCCACGGGAGUGGAGAGAGGAGGAAGCCCGAGUCGAGCGCCCACGGCCCGUGCGGCGAGGAGAAGGAGCGGGCGCGGGAGGGGCCAGCCAGCAGCCCCCGCCUCAGCGAGGACGCCCCUGCCAGCGCCCGGCCCGCGGGCAGGCGGGAGGGAGGCCCGCGGCGCACAGUAGCCCCUUCCCCGUUCUGUUCUUCUGCUCUUCACCGGAAGGGGACUACGUUCCAGCGGAGAAGCCUCCCGUGCCCGCGCCGGGGCAGGUUCCUUGCUGCCCGCAGCUGUGCCGGCCUGAGGGGCAGGUUUGUCCGCGCGGCCCUACUGGGGACGCGUGGCCUGUGUUCUGGAAGGGUUUCUCGUUUAAAAAGAGGUGUUUUGGGGUUUUUUUGUUUGUUUGUUUCUCUUUUUUAAAGAUUCAAAGGAUUACUGAAAAGUCUCCUUUCCUAAGUUUGUUUCUAAAACCUUAGCGGUGGACCUGGGAGAUACCAAAAGUUUCCAGAGCAGAAUCUAAGGCAGCCCCCAGCUGGAGAGAACGGACACCGCCAUGGGCGCCAGACUUCUGGUUCGCUCAGUUUUAGCUCCAGCAAGUCCUGCUGUGGGGCUGGGAGGCGUCGCAGCCACCGCUGGACUCAGGACCAGAGCGGGACCAGAGCGGCUGCCGGGGCAGGGGGCCCCCAUGGGAGAGGAGGGGGCACACCCCAAGAGGCCAGCGGGAAGGGGUCCCUCUGGGCCCAGCGCCCAGGCCCCUGUGCGGCGGGCGGAAGGUGUGGCCAAGAAGACCGAGCUCCGAGGAGGUGGGGAGCAGCGGGGCGCCCGGUGUGGGACAGCCCCACUCGUUUUGCGGGAAAGGGAAACCAGCUUCCAGGAAGCAGCCCCGGGUGGGCGGUGGCGGCAGUGUCUGGACUGUUGCUGCUGGGAGCCACCCCCCACCGUCCCUCAGCUACUUGCUGCCACAGGGUGGGUCUGUGCUGCCCUGGAAGCCACUGGUUGAGGACACCUGCCUGCCGGGCCAGGACCUGAGCCCCAGUCCCCGGCAGAGACUGGAUCCCCUUUGCUUCAGACCCCGGCCCUCGGGUGCAGCCAUGGGGGCCCCUCCCCGGCCCCCGGUGGCCCUGCCUUCCCCAGGGUGCCGGCCAGCACUGUGCUGUCCGCUUUGCCCUGCAGCCUUGCAGCCGUUCUCUGCAUUUUAUGCCCGUGUAACCUUUGAUUUGGGGUCAAUUUGUUUUAAGCUGUUUUGUCACCAAUAAAAUAUUACUAAGCA